AUGACGGUCAAGAAGCUCACCGCAAGCACCCCGGCGGCCGGUGCCCCCUUCUACACCCCCACUCAGACACCUCCGGCCGGAACGGCCCUCGACACCGGGACCGAGGUGCCCACGCUCUUCACGCCCAUCACGCUCCGGGGCAUGACCCUCCAGAACCGCUUCGCCGUCAGCCCCAUGUGCAUGUACUCGGCCGACGACGGCCACCUCACCGACUGGCACCUGGUGCACCUGGGCGCCUUUGCCCUGCGCGGCGCCGCCCUGACCAUCGUCGAGGCCACCGCCGUCACCGCCAACGGCCGUAUCUCGCCCGAGGACAGCGGCCUGUGGCAGGACAGCCAGAUCGCCCCACUGAAGCGCAUCGUCGACUUUGUGCACUCGCAGGGCCAGAAGAUCGGCAUCCAGCUGGCCCACGCCGGCCGCAAGGCGAGCACUCUCGGGCCCUGGCACGUCACCCCGACGCGCCACGAGGUCGCCACGGCCGAGGUCGGCGGCUGGCCCGACAACCUGUGGGCGCCGAGCGCCAUCCCCUGGGACGAGGGCUACCCGACGCCCCACGAGAUGACGGUGGCCCAGAUCGAGGGGCUGGUGCAGAGCUUUGCGGAUGCGGCUCGCCGCGCCGUAGAAGCAGGCGUCGACACCAUCGAGAUCCACGGCGCCCACGGCUAUCUCAUCUCCGAGUUCCUCUCGCCCAUCACCAACCAACGCACCGACUCCUACGGCGGCAGCUUCACCAACCGCACCCGCCUCCUAGUCAACACCAUCCGCGCCGUCCGCGCCGUCAUCCCCAGCACCAUGCCCCUCCUGCUCCGCAUCUCCACCACCGAAUGGAUGGAGCACACCGGACAGCCCUCCUGGGACUUGGCCCAAAGCCAGCAGCUCGCCGCCCUCCUGCCCGACCUCGGCGUCGACCUGCUGGACGUCAGCUCCGGCGGCAACAACCCCGCCCAGCAGAUCAAGGUGCACCAGUACUACCAGGCGGAUCUGGCCGGGGCGAUCCGGGCGGCGCUGCGGGCGAAGGGCGAGGAGAGGCUGGCGAUUGGCGCGGUGGGUAUGGUCAGCACGGCGGAGAUGGCGAGGGGGUUGGUGCAGGCGGAUGGGACGCUGGCGGGGAAGGAGAAUGGGGAGGGGACGGUGGAGGUGGAUGCUGAGCAUGGGACGAAGGCGAAGGCGGAUUUGGUGCUGGUGGCCAGGCAGUUUCUGAGGGAGCCGGAGUUUGUGCUUAAGACGGCGACGCUGUUGGGGGUUAAGGUGCAGGGGCCGGUGCAGUACCACCGGGCGCCGUUCAAGAGGGAGAGGUUGUAG